AUGAUACUAGGGUCUUUUGCCGCGGUCUUGAACCACCAGUUGCUCGCCAAGACUCCAAUCAAGAAGUAUCUAGCUUUUAUGGAAUUGGCCGGCUUGCAGCUUCAUCAAGCGAAGUCUCCGUUUCAGUUCGUGGUCGAUCAUGCAGAGACCUACCUAUUCAACCGCAUUCGGAGUCAAGAUGGCUACUUGGACAUUUUCCCAGCAUUCAUCAACAAGCUCGUUGAUGUUCUUAUGCGCUUCAAUCUACCUGACGACAACGUCAUUGAGCUUCGGGAACAGUACAUCUUGGAUCUCGUCCGAGCCGUCGUAGCCACUACCCCGCCUGGGGCAGCAGCAGUCGGCAACUUCAAAGCCGUCGCACACUUCUUGAACCACACCACGGACUUCCUCGAACAGCACUUCGGCUAUCACGUUGAUCAUCUCCCUAGCGUACUUGAAGCCGCAGCUAGCACAGGCAAGAGUGUAAUGAUUGAGUAUCUGCUUGCCAAAGUGAAGAUGGGUUUGGAGACGGACAACAAAAGCUGCAAGCAUUACGCCCCUGUCCACGAUUACUCCAAUACCACAACCGAGUGUAAGUGUGAAGACAAAUUCUAUGUCAUCAUAGAAGCCAUCAAGGCAGCCAUGAGGCGGUGUCACCUGCGAGCAGCAAACAAGUUGAUCGAAUUCUUACGAACACGCUUCGUUCGUCUCGCGCAACAAGAUCGACCUGAUUUCCUCCGCCUUGCUAUAGAGAGCCAAAACUUGAACUGCAUCAAGCACUUUCUCAAGGAAGACCAGCGCCCGAAGCACAUGCUCAAGAUGGACCCGGAAGUUCUCGCCGCAUAUCACGAGAUUCUCCGCGAUGGCGAUAUCGAAAUCAUACGCUUUCUCCUGGAACAGGGUAUCACAUUGCAAUCCAACGCAAUCAUCAAGAAGUGGUAA